AUGUUUGCGUACGCGGCACUCGACCCGACGACAAUCACCACAUUUGACGACACUUUUAAUCGGCGCCCGACGUCGAGUAAACAACGCCAUGGCCAUUUCGAUUCGGGAAAAAAGAGGAGGGGAAGAGAAGAAAAAAGAGAAAAUGAGAGAAAAGGAGAGGAGAAGACGGCAGGAACCGGUCAAACAUCAGACUUUACCAGCCAAACAUCGAUGUUGACUUGCAAAACAAAAAUUUUCGAAUUGAUACGAGUCCAUCGAAUGUUCGAGUGUAAUGACACCUUUUAGAAAGCAAAAAUUUAGAAAAAGGACAAGCAAUCAGCUGAAUUAGCGCAAACGCUAAAUUUUUCUGUUAAUUCAUUAAAAUUAUCAGAAUCUGUAUUGGAAAAGUCUGUAAAUAAGUGAAAAUACGAACGAAAUUUUGAAAAAUCUGUCUGAUCGCAAAUUUAAAAAAAUUCUUUCCGGGCCUUCCCGGAAAGAAUUUUUUGAAGAAAAAGAAAAAAAAUGCGUGGCGAAAAGGAUAUAAAAGUGCGGUUUUAAACAAAUUUUCGGAAAUUUUUGAACCGGCCCGGAGAAUUGCACAUUUUGGCCUGGCGUGGACUGAUAUUUUGUGAUUUUCCAGGACUCUCGGCGCUUACACGGAUACCAACAAUCAAACUCGCAACGCGAAGCAUCUGGGCGUCUAUCUGGAAUGCAAGGAAACGAGUCGGAGCAACCUGUGGUCGGUCAACGCCUCCGUCCGAAUUGUGUUGCUCAGAUCGGAUUCGGAAUAUCCGGAAGAUGGGGUUUUUAUGGAUUUCGAGCGAAAAUUUGAUGUGAACUCAAAGAAAAUCAAGUUCCCGCACUUCAAAAACUGGGGAGAAGCCAUUUCUCCCGACAACAAGUUCGUUGAAAAAGACGGAUGGGCCGUUCUCGAGGCCCACAUCACUGUCAAAGACGACGUCGGAAUCCACGAGAAGGUUCUGCGCACUUUCGACGCGCCGAGAGAGAGAUGUGGUUCUUGUAGUCGAGGGAAAAAAGCUUCAUGUCGGAAAACAGGUUAGUUUUCUAGCGAUUUACAGCGAAAUUGGUCGAAAUGUAGAUAAAGUUUAGUGUUCUCAAUCGAAACUUUGAAAUUUUCAUUUCCGAUCUAACUGCGCCCGUUUUGAGGCGGGGCCGGGCCGUAAAAUCACACCUAUUGUUCAGAUCCUUGCCGAGAACUCCAAAUUCUUCUACGCCCUCUUCUACUCGGAUUUCGAGGAGAACGGCCAAGCGCAAAUCGAGAUCAAAGACGUCGUCCACUCGGAAUUCGUCGACCUUCUCAACUUCAUCUACCAAGCCAACAUGGAAAUCGAAAGUUCUUUUAAACGGCGUCUGCUGCGAUAUCCAGAAAUUUCAGGCUACAAUGUGGCGCAUCUUCUGAAACUGGCGGACCAGUUCGGAGUGGCGACGGUGAUCGAGAGGUGCGAGCAGUUUCUUCUUUACAGCACCGAUCUUAGGGUGGUCGAUUUGCUGAAAUUCGCCGAAAUGUACAAACUCUCUGACCUGCAGGUAUUUUUCAAAUGUUUCCGGUUUUUCUGCAGCUUUUUUAGGAUCAAUGUCUCAAAGAGCUGGAAACGACCAAAGAAGUGAUCGAACUGUCCGAACACCCGAACUUUGGAAAUCUCGGAGACGGUACCCACAACGUGCUGCUCAAAAGACUCAUCGAGCUCAUAAAAAAAGGCUAA